UUAAUUGUUGACGUGACCUAGUGCCGGCACUCAGUUGGUUUUAUUGAGCCAGUGUUGGAAUUUUGUCAAUAAUUUAACGUCGACAAGCCCCAAGCUAACGUGUGUGUUUACUGGUUGCUUGGCGACGAUGCCAACAACCACACCUCUCUCACGAGACCUAGUUUUCAUUUGUUUUGUGAUAUUUGUAUUUUCUUUACUUCUUUAGAUAGUAUCUAGAUAAGAAUUGUGAAUUGCAAAUUAAAUAGGCAUUAUUAACCCUACAUAAUGUCGUAAUCUAAGCAGACAUUAUGCUGCUAGAGCAGAGUGGAACGGCGCUGCGGAUCACGUGGUGGGUGCUGGUGGCCGCCCGCGUCGUCUACGGCGGCGUCUCCUGCCUCAGCAACCCUUGCAUGCAUGGCAUAUGCAUUGAUGAUAUUAACAGCACCUAUUCGUGUUAUUGCGUGGAUGGAUACACGGGGGUGCAAUGCCAGACAAACUGGGAUGAGUGCUGGUCCUCCCCCUGCCUGAAUGGGGGCAGCUGUAUUGACGGCAUAGCUUCCUACAACUGCACGUGUCCUGAUGGAUUUAUUGGUGACAAUUGCGAGACGAACUUCAACGAAUGCGAGUCGAACCCGUGCCUCAACAACGGCACUUGCAUCGACAUGACCAAUGGGUACAUCUGCUCUUGCGUCCCUGGCUUCUCCGGGGAGCAUUGCGAGGUUGACAUCGCGGUCUGCAACACUACUGAAGAGGUCCGCUGCUAUAACGGUGGGAAGUGCAUCGAAGGGCCUGGCUUCAAGUUUUAUUGUGAAUGUUUGCCCGGAUGGGCCGGAAGAAAUUGCGAGGAUCAAAUAGACGAGUGCCAAUCUAACCCAUGUCAAAAUGGUGGUAUUUGUAUAGACAUUCAUGCUGAUUACAUGUGUGCUUGUACUUUUGGGUUCACCGGCAAGAGCUGCGAAGUACAAAUAGAGUUUUGCGAUGAUAACUCUUGUAGUAAUAAUGCUUUAUGUGUGGUCGAAGACGGCGCUAGAGUGUGCUACUGCGUGCCCGACUACCACGGCGAGCGCUGCGAGCUACAGUAUGAUGAAUGUCUCCUGGGGCCUAGAUGCAAGAACGGCGGUACGUGCAUAGAUGGAGUAGAUAACUUUACGUGCUCAUGUCCUCCAAUGCUCACCGGAGCCCUGUGCGAAUGUUUGAUUCUAGAAGAUGGGAGCUACGACUGUGAAUACAUCAGUCCCACGCCUUUGACCAGUUCGACUGAGCCAACGUUUUCAUUAUCAUCAUUCCAGGAAGAACUUAGUUCGACUGAAAAAAAUAUUGCAUAUACCCCAAUGUUCAAUAACACUAGUUCCAGGUCUGUACCUACUACAGAAGAAUCAGAAUUUACUACUUCAAUAAGCUCAGCUAUGAUAUCAGAAGUGACUGCCUCUGAAUUACCAACAGAACUUGUUUCUUUACAAAGCACGUCUACAAAUAAACCUGAACUUUUAGAAACAACUGAACCAACUGCUGUAACCAUUAUUGAUACCACAUUGAUUCCUGUAACAGUAACUCCUGAAAUACAGACUGCUGUAACUAUAGAUUUAGAAAAUUCUCGAACUGACGAAACAACAAUGUGUGAAGAAAACUGUGAGACCACAAUUUUAACGACUUUGUUACCUUCAGUAGAUACUGCAACAUCAACAGAAACAAAUGUAGUAGAUAUAACAACCGCAAUUAUUAAAGAAACAUCUGAAGUUCCGAUUGUUAUUACAACAGAUAAAGCAGAUAAAGAAAAAACUGAAGUCACAACAAUGUCUGUAAUUGAAGUAGUUGUUACAACAGAAACGAGUAGUUUAUCAUCAGAAAUGGCAACAGAAAUUACUUCAACGCCUAAAGGAGAUAUUACUACAGAAAAGAUGUUCACAGACACUCCGACCGAACAUCCAGAGAUAGAACAUACAACUUCCAUAGAAUAUACAACUACUGAGGUUAUAGAGCCGACCACAAGCUUUGAGACUUCUACAUUGUAUACCACUCAGCAAUAUGAGUGUACUGAUUCAAUAUGCAAUGACCACGGAAAUUGUGUCAAUACCCCUCAUGGUACUCGGUGCCACUGCCACUUCAACUACGCGGGAAAAUUUUGUGAUGAGAAAAUUACAAUCACCUCAGCUGCUUUUGGAGGAAAUUCUUUCAUAACACACAAAUUGCGCAACAACACAUCAAUUAACAUCGAAUUCAAUGCUAAAACCCUAAUAACUGAUGGACAAAUAAUGCACGUGGACUUAGCAAAAGGAGUUUAUAUGCAGCUUUGUAUGGUGUCUGGAUUGCUGAAAUUCAAAUUUUCCUGUGGCUAUCAAACAAUGCUUUUGAGUGAACUGAAAACUUUUGUCAAUAAAGGAUAUCCCAUGAAGAUAGAAACCAGAUUAGACCUCUACCUGAAAGAGCAGCACUGCAACGCAACUCUUCGCUUGAAUGACACGGUGGCUAUGAGCGGGGGCCAAGUGGCCAACAUCUCGGUCCUAGACCACGACACCACGCUUUAUCUUGGCAACUCACCCGAUGUCCGAGAUACUGACAACAAACCCUUCGUUGGGUGUAUCAAGGACCUCAUUGUUAAUGGAGAAAAUCGUUCAGUAUUCGGUGAUGCAGUAGAAGCUGGUGAAGUAAGCGAGUGUUCAUCUCUAGCGUGUUUGUCAGCACCAUGUCUAAACGGCGGCUCUUGUGACGACAGCGGCGAUGGGUACACAUGUUCUUGCAGCAAUGGUUGGACUGGACGACAUUGCUCGAAUUCAAUUUGUGAGAACAAUCCUUGUCAAUCCGGCGGCAGUUGCGAGCCACAUCCAGGCAGCGGUUUCCUUUGUCUCUGUCCCUACGGAAAACACGGCAUCUUCUGCGAGUACAAUGUGGAAAUAACGCGUCCAUCACUGGCCCCAAUCAGCACAAGCAUAUCAUCGUACCUGAUCUACCCGCUGUCUCCUUCUGCCUUGAACUCCGACCGACUAGACCUGCGUCUGCGCUUCCAGACGGCGGAUAUGGAACAGAUAGCCUUGCUCGCCUUCGUGGGCCAGGCGGGGCGACAUGACUCGCGCAGUCAGCAUCUAGCACUGACUUUUGUUAAGGGCUACAUUAUGCUGACAUGGAACAUGGGCAGUGGUCCUCGCCGCGUGUUCACGUCCCGAGCGCUGAGUGCCCGUCGAGGUGGCCACACGGUGAGAGUGUGGAGGAGAGGUCGUAGUGCCGGAUUCAGUGUGGACAACCGUUACAACGCCUCUGGCAACGCGCCCGCUGUCCAGCCGCGCAUGACGCUGCUGCCUUAUGUGUAUGUCGGCGGUCACCCAUCUCCCGGUUUCUCUGAGUUGCCACACGACUUGCCGCUGCACUCUGGCUGGCGAGGCUGCGUGUGGGACGUGUCGGGCGCAGUAUCCGGCCGGCCCGCCGCGGCGCGCGGCGCCGGUCAGUGUGGCGUGGCGCAGUGCACUGCUAGAUCUUGUAACGCGCCGCAAGGGGUGUGCAUACACUCGCCUGCUACCUACGGCUGUAUUUGCAAUGAAGGCUGGUUCGGAGCCACGUGCGCGUCUCGACAAAGUGUCUGCGGUAGCUCGUCUCCGUGCCGCGGUCGCUGCGUGCUCACUGCUGACGGAGAACACUGUGACUGCCCCUACGGGAAGACCGGGAAAUAUUGUGAUCAAGAUCUUAUCCCAACGGAUGUUCUUUUCACCGGCACACGCUCCUUCGUCCAGCUGCAUCCCCGAGCCAUCUCCAGCGUGAGCCUGGCGUUUGAGGCUGACGUUAAACCGAGGAAGGAGCGCGGUCUGAUAGCGUUCGUGCAAACUCCGCAUUUUUAUGCCUCUCUGUCGCUGCAAGGAGGACUUCUGGAGUACAGGUGGACAGAUCGUCUCUCAGGACUGACGUCGCUGGUCCGCAGUGGGGUAGUAUUAUCAAUGUCAGCUUGGCACAGUGUGAAGGCGGGCCGGUAUGGCAGCCGGCUGUACGUGUGGGUGGACGGGGCUAUCUCCACCGAAGGCAUGAGGGCUCAUGCCUACCCUCAUACGAGCAGCAACGCUUCAGUUCUUAUAGGUGGAGCGAAAGAUUUAUCGGUGAUUCCUUUUGAUGCGAUGUCUGGAGCGGCCGAGUCGUUCGCCGGCUGCAUCAGAAACUUCCACAUCAAUAACAUCUUGGUGACUUUGGAGCCACAACAUAUACAAGAAGCUGCAAACUUGGAGGAUUGUGACGGCACUCCCUGCGGCUCAGAAACUUGCGGCGGCAGCGCAUGCUCUGUUGAAGAGGGACGCGCGCGGUGCGCGUGCGCGGGCCCGGGAGGAGGUGCGGCGGGCGGGGGCGGCGGAGGGGGAGGCGCUGGUACUGGGGGAGGGGGAGGGGGGCGCUGCAGGAGGGAGACCGCCUGUCCGUCCAGGAGGUGUGCCUUGCCACGAGGAUUCUGCAGGAAGGGAAAGUGCGUCUGCGCUACGGGUUAUGAUGGACCAUACUGUGAGAAUAGAAUAAAUAUAACAAUCCCGCAAUUUGACGGCCACAGCUUCCUAUCUCCGAGCCGUGUGGUGACCACGCUUCAGCACGCCGCGGAACAAAGGGUGUCUACCAUGCAGCCUCGUGCGGGAUACGUCGCUCUUAACUUCACCACUGCACACCCUAAUGCGCUGUUGUUCUGGUGGAUCAUGGAUACGGAUUACUUUGGCAUAGGUCUUGAAGGUGGCUACCUGAAGCUGGCAUGGUCUUUCCCUCAUAAUUCUUCCCGGGAACCCCUUCUCGAUCACUCCUCUUCUCGACUGCUGCCCCACUCUGGGUUCCUAUCAAAUGGAGAAUGGCAUACGGUGGUGGCCAAGAUAACUCAAGCUAACAUCACUGUCAUGUUGGAUGAGGUUGUGGUGUAUGUUGAAGAGCCAGGCGUCGGUAAUGUGGAUUACGAUGAUGUGGAUUUGUAUAUAGGGGGUGUAACGGAACAUGAAAGUGCAGUAGCCAGGACGAUAUUUCCACAUAAUUUCAAGGGCUGCAUCGACCAGAUAACCACAACCGAAGACUCGUACCUGACCAACUACACAGAAAUUUAUAGCGAAAAUAUCAAAUCGUGCCAACUGUUCUUCUUUCCUUUGACUUAACGACUUUAUUCGUACAACCCAGUGAUUGUGAUUAGAUUGUCCUAGUUAUAAUAAAAUACUCAUAGUACAAAAACCAUUUCUAGUCUUCUAAUGACCAAAGUGUGCUUAUGUAUUUUAGUCAAUUUACUUAUUUAAAGUUUUGAUAACAUGUUUAUUUAAAAAAUGUUAAUUUAAGUGUAAUUUUAAGAAACGUAGAAACAACAGUGCUUACGUUAUGGUUGAAAAUGAAAAUUAAACAUUCAUCG